AUGAGCCAAAGUGUCAAGUGCUCGUCAUCACCACGUUCGUUGAGAAGAGAAUCGAAAAUCGACUAUGAUGCUGAACAAACACUUUUUGGACAAGUAACUGUUUUUAAAAAAUGGCUUGGUUUGAUCCACAGCAAAAGCAUACAUCAUGAGGAAUACUACACUCCUAUACCAUAUGAGUUGAUUGAUUCUGCUGCUUCAUUCAUUGCUAGUUUGAUGCAUGGCAUAUCCAGUGAUUUGAUAUUGAUGACAACCAAUUUAAUAGAGACUCGCAGUUACAGAGAAAAUGUGAACUUCAUUCGCAAAACAUUAACAAAAGCUCAAGUUUCUUGUCCUUCGUUAAUUUGUAGCCUUUGGUAUAUUGAUCAAUUUUAUCGAAAACCUUGGUUCAGAACGCAAUGGAAUCUUAAAGACUUAUUUUUAGCUAGCAUUGUUGUUGCAGACAAGUAUAUAGCGGAUGCUACUUGGAUCAAUUCAGAUUGGGCAGAAUGGACACAUUUUACUUACUCCACUGACAAAAUCAACCAGUUAGAAAAACGAUUUCUAAGAGAUCUGGAUUACAAACUCUAUAUACCAGAAGUUAGUUAUAGUAACUUUGUAAGCUAUUUAGAAUUUCGCCUUCAUUCGCGACAGCUGUUGGGCGACAAUGUAUUGCUUCUCUCUUAUCGCAAUAUCGAUGUGUUGAGUCAGUCUUUGAACCCUAUCUAUGUGAAAAGACUCCAACUGAAUUUACGGCCCUUUGAAGCAAUGAUAUUACUUGUAAAGCAAUCAAUUUAUAUUCUCGCUAUGUAUGCAACUGCCUUGGCAACCAUCGCCUCUACUGGAUACAUUCUAUUGCACUCUAAUAUUCAGGAAUUUUUCAACAUGUUGCUCAAGGGAAGAGAAGACGAUAUAGCUAUGGUGGUGUUGACAGGUAUCGAGUUUUAUAAAGUUGAACUGUCCACCACAGUACCUACGUCAACACUAAGAUCAGCGACAAAGCCACCCUAUCAUGCUAAUAGUAGCUUAAUCAAGGCCUAG